GUACGGAAACUCGCUUAAGUACUGUAAACUUUUCGGUUCGCCUAUACUUUUGGCUAUUUUCGUAAGCAUGACUAUAUUUGAAUUUCUAUUCACAAUUUAAUUAUUUUUUUCGUACGACAUGGCUGCCAUUCGCCAUACCUUACAUAAAGAAGUUUUUCUUCCAAAUGAUGAAAGAUUAGUGGGCGUUGUAAAUGUUGCGAAGGCUAGCAAGAAAAAGAAAACAGCAUAUUUGUGUUUAGCAGUCAAUAAUGAAAAACCAUCAUUGAUUACUGUAAGUCAAGUAAAAAAAUCGGACAAAGAAGGUUAUAAGAAAAAAUGCUCAUGGCAAUUGCGAGAAUUAAAAUUAGUUGACGGCAAAGACGAAAACAAAACUAUUGCAGAAUUUGAUUUGCACUUUGAAAAAGUUUAUAAAUGGAUUGCAAACAGUGUCGCAGAAAAACAUUCAUUUAUUAAAUGCCUGUGGAAAUUUUGUAGUCAUCUGCCUCGUCAAAAACCAACUUUCAUUAAUAUUCCAAAAGAUUUAUUGCAGGAUCAAGAUAAUUCUCCAAAAAUGGGAGUUGUGACACCACAAAUAGGUGAAGAAGUUACUGUUUUAGAACCAGAAGACUAUCAAGCUCUGACCUCACGUGAAGAAUCUGAUCUGGAAUCAUUGAUGGCUCAAUAUGAUUUUGUGAUUGGAAAUGCCGAAGAAUUCACAGAGCAACUUGCACGGGAACUCUCAGAAUUAGAUGCUGCUAAUAUUCGUUCAAUCUUGGCUUCUGAACAAAAGGUUCAAGGUCUUAUGAAUAUGCUCCAAACAUCACUAGAUGAAGUUUCUGAAUUGGAAUCUCGUCUGGAUAUUUAUGAUGAUAUCUUGAAAAAUGUGAAGGAUAGUGUUGCACAGAUGGAAGAAAAAGAUGCCCGCAUGAAAAUUCAACACAAAAACAAUAUUAAACUCUUAGUAGAAUUGGAAAGUAUGGUUGGAAAAUUAGAUAUCUCGGAAAAGCAUAGAUUGGCAUUAGAUGGAGAUCUGAAGACAUCAGAUGGAAUUGCUGCUUGCACAGCAGCUGCUAAAGCUCUGCGAGAAGCAACUAAUGCUCAGAUCCAUCCAGGAUUAAUGAAAAUGUCUGCUUAUACUGAACAGAAAGCAGAGUUAGAUAAACUCCAGGGAAAGUUCAUUCUUAGACUAAGUCAUCAUCUUAACAAUCUCUUUUUACAUUUGGGUAAUACAUGUGAGGAGAACCUAACUCAUUUAGCAAGUGAUCUUAUUUUACCACAGCAUACUAAUUGUCAUCGUCAACUCUUACCUUAUACAGAUCUUAUGACUUGGGUAAGGGAUACAGAGUCUAACACUUAUAGUCAGCUCUGCCGUGUUUAUACUUCGUCAUUAUGUAAGCUUUAUGAAAAGGAAAUUAAAUUUUUAUUUGAACUUGCCAAAGAAAAAGUCAGUAAAAAUGGAUUUGACCGCAAAUACAAAACACUGACAUCAGGACAGGAUCCUGUCACAAAAUCAUCUAUGAAAGCAAAAUCAAUUUCUCUUUUAGGCUCGGAGCAGUUUGGUUCCGAUCUAGAUGUUGAAGAAUGGGAAAAUUUUGAUCGCAUCCUAGAGAGUCUUCUUAGUGCACUUGAACCUAUUUGCUUGGCUGAGCAGCAGUUCUGUAUGCAGUUCUUUGGACUUCAAUCAGAUGUAACUGCUUCCCAUAGUAACCAACAGCUUGCUGUUCCUCCAACACCAGGCUUGCGCCAUGCUGGAAGUGAAGAACUACUAGCCAGUGCCCAACGUAAAGAGAAGCAAAUCAAUGAGGAAUUGCGAAGAAUGAUGGGAGAAUUGUUUGCAGUAUUAGAACCUGAAUUAAUAAGCUUCAUUUCUCAUUUUGAUAAGAUUGACGGCUUCCACUCAAUGUAUGUGCUUGUUCGUAUGAGUGAGCAUGUGAUGUCUGCUCGUGAUACUGGAUCGUAUCUCAACAUGACAUUUGCUGGUGUACUGGUACAAGCUAAGCGAAAUUUUGAUCGUUUCAUGCAAGCCCAGAUUCGAUCAAUCGAGGAGGCUAAAGUGUCAAGAAAGUCUCGAUGUGGCAUAUUGCCAUUUGUUGCAAAUUUUGAGACAUUUGCCCGGCGAGCUGAGAGUAUCUUCAAGAAUUCUGAACGUCGCACUGACUUAGACCGAUGGUAUGCAAAACUGAUGCGAGUUAUCUUUGAUCAAGUUAAUGCAAUUUCUUUGGAGCAUCCUAAAACACCACAAGAGGUAGUGCAAAUGGAAAACUUUCAUCACCUCUUCACUGUACUCUUUCAGUUGAAGAUUGCUUGUCUCGAGGCUGAACGGAAAGAAGCAAAACAACGAUAUAAUGAUGCUCUCCAAGGAUAUGUUACUCAGUAUUUUGGCCGUCCACUGGAAAAGCUUAAUUUGUUUUUUGAAGGUGUUCAAUCUAAAGUUGCACAAGGUGUGAAAGAGAGUGAAGUAGGAUAUCACCUAGCCUUCAGCAAACAGGAGUUGCGUAAGGUGAUUCGUGAGUAUCCUGGGCGAGAAGUGAAACGUGGACUAGAAAGUCUGUAUCGAAAAGUAGAGAAACAUCUGUGUGAAGAAGAAGGCUUGCUACAAGUUGUUUGGCAUUCAAUGCAAGACGAGUUUAUUCGACAAUACAAAUAUAUUGAAUCCCUUAUUGAAAGGUGCUAUCCAGGUGCAAAAAUAACUUUAGAAUUUUCCAUAAAUGACAUCCUUGAAUUUUUCUCGGAGAUUGCUAGAUCUCAUUGAUCUUAUUUCCAAAAGUUGAAUGUAUCUUUUUUUCUAGCAUGUAACUAGUUGAGAACUUUGUAAAUAAGAAAUAUAAGAUAUAAUGCAUAAUUUAUAUAAAGCUUGCUGCUUUUAUAAUAUAUUAUACAAAAACUGAUGAUGAAAAUUUUAAUUAUAAACAUAGGAUUGAUUUUUUUUUUUUUGCUCGUUAUUUCAAAUUUAAAUCUAAAUGAGCUACAUAGAAUUGUUACAUAAAUCAGAAAAAUAUCUAUGUUGAUAUCAGUUUAUUUGAUAACAGCAUUUACUAUAUUCAAUUGUUUUACUACUUAUGUACUCAUUCAUAGCAAUUGAAACUUAAGUUAUUAAUAGUCUAGAUAUGUGGCAGUUUUUUUUUAAUAAAUAAUUUUAAAUUUGACAAUCCCAUCUUGAUGAAAUCAAAUUAUCUUGGAAUGAGUUAUAAUUUUUUUUUCUUCUUCUUAACUUUCAGGUACAAUGAUUGUAUUAAAUUAUAAAUAGCCAUAUUCCUUGAAUUUCAGAUAAUUUGUUGUUUUUGGUAAAAUAGAAAAAUGUUAUAUAGAAAAUAAGUCAAUCGCAAUUUUGACCUAACAUUCCAUUUUCUUGAAAGAUUUAUUAUUUAUCUUAAUUUGGGAAGGAUUCUAGCUAUCUUAUGAAAUAAGAAUAUUAUAAGAAUUUAAUAUAUUUCUUCUAUAAAAUUUUAUAUAAACUAAAAUUUUCCGUGAUUUUAAAAGAGUACUGGAAGUAAAUAUUUGGUUAAAAGAUUUAAUAGUGAAUUAUCAAGCAUAAUGUUCUGAUAACUGUUUUCAAAUACUGACAUUUGUACAAUUUUAAAAGGAAGGGAAAUGGUUUUUGCAAAUUUUAUCAAGCACUGUUAUUGUAAUUUGAAAUUCAGAAAAGGUAAUUUGUAACUAUGUACAAUGCCUUAAAUGAAAACAGUUUCUGUUUACUGGAACUUUAUUUUAUCGUAUCAAUAGAAUAACAUAUUUUUUCCCUACUACUUAUGAAACUAAAUAAAAAUAUUUUUUAAUUUAUAAGAAGUUUCUCUUUUAGAUAUAUAAUCAACAAAUUAUAAUUUUAAUGGAGAAGGAAAUUUGUAAAAGUUAGACAGCCCAAUUACAAUAUUUUAAUUGAAAGUUGUACUGAAACACUUCGGUGAAGUCUUCAUUAAUAAAUUAAACAAUACUGGUCUCUAUAUAUCUUCUGCAGCAUCCCUAAUUCAUUUUGAUGUACAAAUUUAAAUCUGCAAUUGACAAUUUGAUACAAUUUUGCUUCUGUUGCAAUUAACAAAAAUAGUUCUUGAUAUGCUCUGUGGAGAAUGAAGAACUAUGGAAUGGUAAUUCCUUUAUUUAUUUCUUGACCUUUGAGGUUAAUGGUAGAAUGAUGCUAUACUUUGAACUGUUUUAUCUUCUGCAUUCCUCUAAUAUUAGAACAGAAGUAAAAAAAAAUUAAAAAUUUGUUUCCAAGAUGAAUAAGUUUUUACAAACUUAUUUCAAAAUAAUAAAAGAAUAUAAUUAACUAAUGAUAAAUAAAAAAUUAUUAAAAUAGUUAUGCAUUAUAGUUGAAUUAAGAUAUUUUUUUAAUUGCAUAUGUUGAAUGUGAAAGAAGGCAGGAUGUUGACAUGUUUGUAUUAUCCUGUGUGAAAUUAUUUUAAUACUGUUUUAAGAAGAGUUAAUUUAGAAUAGAUAAAGGAUGACUGUUUGAAGAAUAUCAAUAACCCUAAUUAUAUCUAUAGUUAUUUUAAAGUUACAGUUUUUCAUCCAGGCAGUUUAUAUAAUUUUAUCAGAGCCUGAAUACUAACUUUGAAAAAAAAAAAGUUCAGUGUUGUGUAAAGCAAGAUAGCUUAUAAGUACUUGCUGUGAUUUGAAUGAAUGAAAUAAUUUUCAAUAGUCACUUGAACAUUGAGGUAAAUGUUUUUGAUUGGAAUAAAAAAUUAAAUCUUCAGUACUUCCUAAAAAAUAUAUCUUCUUUUUUUUAUACUAAUUAAUCCAUAAAAUUUUCUUGUAAAUAAAUACCAAAGCAAUAUCUUGUAUGUGCUUUUAUUUUAUUCAUUUGUGCAAAUUUUCAUUGAUAAGGAAGGGAAGGAAUAAAAGAAACAAACUUAUAUUAAUUAGAUAGUAAAUUAUUGAAGACUAAUUUUAAAAAAUAUGUAAAUAAACAUAGUUGUAUAAAGUUGGACUUAAAAGUUAUUAUAACACACAUUCCAAUUAUCCAAAACAUAAUAGCUGUUAUAGAAGGAAAAUAUAUUAUGAUGAUAAAAACUGUAUUUUAUAAAAUUUACUAUAGUAUGAUAUAGAACUAACAAAAACACAAAGGAAGUUAAUAUGAUAUAAGUAACUGUUUUUGAUUAUUGCAGGAUAUGGAUACAGGUUGGAAAAGAAAUUUUCUAAGAUAUAUUUGGUUUUAAUAUAAA